AUGCGUCCAUCCACCACUGUCCUUCUGGCCGCAACACGCACUCAAACUCGAAGACCUCCUCCUCCCCUCUCCCUCGACCACUUCAUCCAACGCCAACGCGCCCUCUCUCUCUGGCGCUCCAUCCUGCGCGCGGCAUACCGCAUUCCCAAAUCCUCCCCUACGCGGGACGAAACCAUCGCCUACGCCCGCGGCGAGUUCGAACGUAACAAACAUGUCGAGGACCUGUCGCAGAUACGGUAUUUGAUAAGUACGGGGAAGGCGGAGUUUGAUGGGAUGCAGAGGUAUAUUGACGAGUUGGCGGCAAAUGCUAGGGGGUGA